UGCGGUAAGAAAACCUGACGCCUCACAUUCGCUGAUCGAUCCCUUAAGCAGUGGCAGUCCCUCUGGGUCUCUAUGUGUGAAGUUUGAGGGGAGGGGUCAACGAAGGGGAGAUCAAACCUCACCCUGCCGUGACUGGCUGGGCCGGGGUUAAAGGGGGCCAGGCUGGGGUUAAGAGGGCGGGGCCAACGAGGUGAGGAGAGGGGGCUGGGGGCGGAGUCAUGGAGUAAAGAGUAGGAUGGCCAUCUGGUUGGGCUCAUCAUCAACACACACAAACACACACACACACACACACACCAAUGGACACACACACACUGAGCUCUGGCACACACACCUCCCAGGUUUUCAACGUCUCAGUGUUGAUAUGGACCGGAGCUGUGCUGACAAACCCUGCGAGUGAGGACUGUGAGCUAGUGUCCUGGAUUUAGACCUGAGGAAACAGGCAGACUCAGAGUGAGAGAGACUGGGAGAGACGGAGAGAGGGACAGAGCCAGAGAGAGAGGGAGGAAGAUACUGAAGGCAUGGAUUCAAGGGGCUGAAGUAGCAUCUAGGACUGGAUUUUAGUGGCUGAAAAGAAGCUUUUUGUGGAGCAGCUUGCGUUUGGGAGUCUUCUCCUGCACUGAGUGAAAGGAGCGUCUGAUGAACUCAGAGAGCUCAGCGCUGGCGGCAGGGGGGACCUACCAGGGCGGAGCCCGUCAGCGAGAACUGAUGAUGGAGCAGAAAGUCAGCAAGCUGACCUUCGGCUUCCAGCGCAGCUCCACCUCCGACGACGACUCCGGCUGCGCCCUGGAGGAGUACGCCUGGGUGCCGCCCGGACUCAGGCCUGAACAGGUGCAGCUAUACUUCUCCUGUCUGCCUGAGGACAAGGUUCCCUACGUCAACAGUCCAGGAGAGAAGUUGAGAAUUAAACAGCUUCUCUACCAGCUUCCCCCACACGAUAAUGAGGUGCGGUACUGUCACUCCCUCAGCGAGGAGGAGAAGAAGGAGCUGCUCAUGUUCAGCGGUCAGAGGAAGAAGGAGGCGCUGGGGAGAGGAACCCUCAAGCUGCUUCCUCGCAGCCUUCAGCACAGCGUCUGCGAGCAUUGCGGCGAGACCGUCAACGGCGGAGAGAUGGCGGUGUUUGCGUCGAGGGCGGGGCCCGGUGCGGCACCGUGCUGGCACCCGGCCUGCUUCUCCUGCUCCACGUGCAGCGAGCUGCUGGUGGACCUCAUCUACUUCUACCAGGACGGCAAGGUCCACUGCGGAAGGCACCACGCUGAGCUGCUCAAGCCCCGCUGCUCUGCCUGCGAUGAGAUCAUCUUCGCCGACGAGUGCACCGAGGCGGAGGGUCGCCACUGGCACAUGAAGCACUUUGCGUGCUUCGAAUGCGAGACGAUCCUCGGCGGCCAGCGGUACAUCAUGAAGGACGGCGGGCCGUACUGCUGCGGGUGCUUCGAGUCGCUCUACGCCGAGUACUGCGAGGCGUGCGGAGAGCACAUCGGUGUGGAUCACGCUCAAAUGACAUACGACGGGCUCCACUGGCACGCCACCGAGUCCUGCUUCAGCUGCGCCCAGUGCAAGAGCUCCCUCCUGGGCUGCCCCUUCCUGCCGCGCCAGGGACAGAUCUACUGCUCCAAGGCCUGCAGCCUGGGCGAGGACGUGCACGCCUCCGACUCCUCCGACUCCGCCUUCCAGUCGGCCCGCUCCCGGGAGUCCCGCCGCAGCGUGCGCAUGGGCAAGAGCAGCCGCUCGGCCGACCAGUGCCGCCAGUCGCUGCUCUUCUCCCCCUCCGUCAACUACAAGUUCCCGGGCCUGAGCGGCAACGCCGACGACACCCUGACCAAGCUGGCCCACAUGAGCCUCUCGGACGAGCCCUUCUGGAGGGGCCCCGGCGAGGAGGCUGAGGGCCCCGAGGACCGGGAGGAGGAGUGGGCGGAGCACGAGGACUACAUGACCCAGCUGCUGCUCAAGUUCGGCGAGCAGGGGGUCUUCCAGCAGGCGGACCCCGAGGCCCGGCCAAACGCCGACGUGUGGAUAAGCGAGGCCGACGUCAAGACCAAGCAGGGGUCCUCUCAGGCGGGGGGAAGCGGCAGUGGUGGAGGUGGUGGUGGUGGUGGUGGUGGAGGAAGGGGAAGUCAGAGUCUAGCCAGUAAGAAGUACCAGCCAGACAUGUACUGGGCCCAGUCGCAGGACGGGCUAGGGGAUUCGGCCUAUGGGAGCCAUCCGGGCCCGGCCAGUAGCCGGAAGAUCCAGGAGCUGGACCUGGAUCAUGGAGCCGGAGGAGGCUACCAGGAGGAGGAGCAGCAGUGGUAUGACGACUCCCUGGAGUGUAUCACCGAUGAGCUGAAGAAGACGGAUCAGAGUGUGAGGGACUCCAUGGACUCGUUGGCUCUCUCCAACAUCACCGGGGCCUCGGUGGAUUGCGACGGCAAGGACGGCCCCUUGGUGUACACCUUCACAGAGCUGGAGACGGAAGACUGCGACAAAUCCAGCAACAUGGGGACCAUGAACUCGUCCAUGCUGCACAGGAGCGCCACCUCCCUGAAGAGCCUCGCGUCCGAGCAGGACGAGGCAGAGGACCACAGCCCGGCGGAGGAGGAAGAGGAGGUAGAGGUCCCGCUGGCAGAGGAACGGGCCCAGCUCCCUCAGCUGCCGGCCCUCAGGAGGGCCCGCUCCCAGAGCCGGCAGCAGCAAGUCAAGUUCUCAGACGACGUGGUGGACAACAGCCCCUACGAGCUGCAGGUCCGCCCGCCUCCCAUGAGCGAACGGACCCGGCGCAGGGUGUACAACUUUGACGGGCAGGAGCAGGACGCCCAAUCGGGCCGCCACCACCACCACCACAGCCACCACAGGAGACGCCGCAGCCGGAAGUCCCGCUCCGACAACGCGCUGAACCUGGUGCCCAAGGAGAGGGCCCUGGUGUACUACAGAGAGGACCACAAAGGCCGUGCCACCCCCGCACAGAGGGGCAGCCAGGACCUGUACGGCCUGCCCCCCAAUGGACGCCCCAGUCCCCUGGCGAGGUCAGACUAUGGCCUGGCGAAGGGCCCAGCGAUGGAGAGGUUCUUGGGGUUGUGCAACGAGGACGACGACUGGUGCUCCACCUGCUCCUCUUCCUCCUCUGAUUCCGAGGAAGAGGGCUUCUUCCUGGGUCAACCUAUUCCCCAGCCCCGGCCCCUAAGACAUUAUUACACCGAUGACCUGCCCAGCCCGGUGGCCAGCAUGCCCUCCCCGCCCUACGGCCCAAGGACUAAAUCCAGAAAAAAGGGACACAAGGGCAAGAACUGCAUCAUUUCAUAGACUUGUCGUUAAUGCUUCUCGUUUGAGGGAGUUCUCUGCCACUUUCCGCCAUCUAUCGUUGCCACUGAUGAAUUUGCUUAAACUGCCUCGUUACUUUUUGACUCGGUUACUGCUACGUUAAUGAACAGCACUCACAUUAUUGAUCCGUUGUAUAAAAAGCAAAAGGUGAACAUCCACGUUUCUUUCAAGCAAGUUUCCUUUCGAAGCAUUACCAAAACUAGUCAUCAGGGUCAAGGUAAUUCAGCGCCAUGCAUAUUUAUGAGGCAUAACUUAGCGGUCAGUCGAGAUUGUUAUUUAACAUUACAGAUAUGAAUGUAAAUAUUGUAGAGGUAAUAAACAAAAUGGCUAUUUUUUAUAUCCCCCCCCCCAUGUUUGAAGACCUGUUUUGUAGUCGAAAGGCAAAAUUAUGAAACAGCUGGCCCAUUGCUAUUUUUACAUCACGGUGUUCAAUACAUAAAUAAAUAUGGCCCAUGCUCCUAAUGUGUUGCUUCUGUAAAGGCUUGUGUAUCUUUCCCCCCAGAAAAACUUUGUAUGUAAUAUUAGAGCCUGGCUGUGGGGUCUAUUUAAGGGUCAUUUGUAUUGUAAACAAAUCAAUGUAAUCUGUACAAAUGUACAAACUGGAAUAUAAGGCGAAGAUUAAUAAUUGUAAUAAAACUAUAUAUAUCAUGACUUCAACCACGGUUUCCCAUCAAUCGAAUGUCUGAAAGAUUAAAGAAAACAUACAAAUAAAUGUUACACAAAUUUAUUAUCAUUAAUGACAUCAAUUGCUUUAACAAAGUUGCAUCAAAUAGCCCCUAUAUAUAGGAGCUAUUUGAGCUACAUCUUAGAUUCUUGCCUGUUCUGUUAUAAUAUACAAUUUUAAUCUAGGCAAUGUGAACAAUAUUCGCCAUGACAGAAAGUCAGGGUCACUUCAACCGUGUUUGCUACAGAAGGGGUAAAUCGAAAAAAAGGAAUAGAAUAACAUACAAAUAGGAAUGUACAUUGGCAUAAAAAUAAAACUGUUUGGUUUGCUUCACCCAAGAACAUGAUUUUUCUUGUGCCGCUUACUUAUUAUCUAUGCACAUAACAAUAGAAAAUGGCACCAAAUAUCAGUCUGUAUUCCCUCCAGACUCCCCGCCUUACUCUUGACCUGACACACACGGAAUGCACACGGUGUGUAUGGUUGUGGGAGCACACGACGGUCCUCAGGCGGUGAUCUGCGGAGGUGCGGGCGACCCCGCGGCCCUACCGCCGCUGCUCAGCUGGUCCAGCUCCUUGAUGAAGUGCUUGAGGUCGUCCAGAUAGCGCUGCUUGAGCUCCAGGAGGUUGGCCCUGAGCGGGGCCUGGAGGGCCUCCUCCAGGCUGGGCCUCUUCUCCACCAGCAGCUUCACCACCGUGCCGAACGUCCGGCACUCCCGCUCGUAGAGCUGUGGGCCGGACGCAGGG